AAAAACCGCACUGGUAUGGCUGUUAUACUCUACAAUAUUUGUUUAAUAAUUAAAUAGGAGAUUGCGCACAUUAUAGGGAAGAACCAAAUUAUUUCCCUAAGUAGAAAUAACAAAAAUAAAAGAGAAGCGAGUUAAAGAGCGGGAAAUGGGAACAAAGAAAAAUGAAGAGGAUGGGGGAAGGGCGUUGAAAUGUAAGACUGGAUGUAAGUCGGCUUUCAUUGGCUCUCCUUCUGACGCGUCAAACUCUGAGCUGACCAAUAGAAACAUUUUAAAGGUUGAGCUAACAAAGACAUCCAAUCAGAGCACGGUCUCUGUUUGCUGAACAUUUACAUAGAGCUGGGGAUAAAUAACCCUGGACGCUAACACAAGAUUAUUCAGUUUCUUGUUUUGAGAAUUGAAGUAUCAUCAUGCCUGAACCAGCAAAGCCCGCGCCCAAGAAGGGCUCAAAGAAAGCCGUCACCAAGAGCGCCGCCAAGAGUGGAAAGAAGCGCAGGAGGUCCAGGAAGGAGAGCUACGCCAUCUACGUGUACAAAGUCCUGAAGCAGGUUCAUCCCGACACCGGCAUUUCUUCAAAGGCGAUGGGCAUCAUGAACUCUUUCGUCAACGACAUCUUUGAGCGCAUCGCCGGUGAGUCUUCUCGUCUCGCUCACUACAACAAGCGCUCCACCAUCACCUCGAGAGAGAUCCAGACCGCCGUGCGUCUCCUGCUGCCCGGUGAACUCGCCAAACACGCCGUGUCUGAGGGAACAAAGGCCGUCACCAAAUACACGAGCUCCAAGUAAAGCAGAAAGUACCCAAUCUGAACCCAAAGGCUCUUUUAAGAGCCACCCACCGUUUCCAGAAAAGAGCUUUUUUUGUGGAAUCUAAAUGUCUGUAUAAUUUUGAUAUAUAA